AUGAUUACUAUUACCGCAGCUAAUAUGAAAAAAGGGGUGCUCCUGCACAGACUUAUUAUGGCAGAGAAAUCCUUAGUGGAUCUUCACUAUCUGUUUUCUCCUGUAUAUUAUCUAGCGGGGCUAUGGAUGUUCACUGGUGUAGCUGAUUUACUUCAGCCCACGGUUUGGUAUUAUACUCCUGUUCAUGGUGAUUUCUAUCGUGAGGCCACGCACGCUCGCAGUUGGAGUAUAAACCGGCCUGUGGACUGUGUACCCGAGGUGUUUAUCAAACACCCCGAGCCAUUUGGAGAAAUACGGGAAAGCAUAGUGUGUGGCUGUGUGCAAACUGUCGGAACAUACGGACGUCCCCUUCCGCCUGCCCUGGGGUUGACCUCGCUUAGUCAUUGUUUAGUAGGCAGUUACAGCUAA